AGUGAUUGCCACUGAGCGUCUUUGGUUGCCACCGUGAUCGAAAUGGUCACUUUGAAAAAUAACAGUUCCUUCGACCAUGUUUGAUUAUGUGUCUUAAGUGUCUUUUAUGGCUGUACUUUGACCCAACAUAAACCCAGGAGAAGGCUUUAAGGAUCAUCGAUAAGUGUCCUGGUUGUGUGUUUGAACUUUCUCGCUGGUUCACACAGCUUCUCCUCUGUUAUCUGGACUGUUAACUGGCAAUCUGUGCAACUAUUCUUGUCAUGCAGCUGGUGAUCCGUCGGUAUCGUCCCUCAGAUAAGGAUACAGUGCUGACCCUGUUCAGCAUCGGCAUCCGGGAGCACAUCGGUCCAUGUUUCCGCAACGCCAUGACCAGCCCUCUCUACCUCGCCGUCACCCUGGCUCUGUGUGUUGCUGGACACCUCCUUGGCUCUGUGUUGGGGGCUGUGCUGUUACCUGCAGUAUGGGUGGGCCUCAUCUACUACUGCUCUUAUGAGCUCUAUGACAGCUACGUCAGAGAGAGACUUCGGACAGACAUGCAGGACAUCCCUGGAAACUAUCUGAGCAGACCAGAUGACUGUUUCUGGGUGGCUGAGGCUGAGGUUGAUGGGAGGCCGCAGGUCCUCGGUAUGGUGGCUGUAAUGGCAAAACACAGCAGGAAGGAAAAACAUGGGGAGCUGUUCAGAAUGAUCAUCUCACAGCAGUGCAGACGCCUGGGUCUGGGCCUCAGGUUGGCUCAGACCGUGAUUAAUUUCUGCAAGGAACGAGGAUUCUCCAAGGUGGUGCUGGAGACUAGCUCCACCCAGAUGGCUGCUGUGGCCCUGUACAACAAACUGGGGUUCAGCAUUGUGGUGUCACACACCAAAACAGAGGCUCCCUCCUGGAUUGUAUCGCUGGCCAAAGUCACAAUAAUCAGAAUGGAAAAGCUCCUGUAGGCCUAAAGCGCAGAGAAUAAUUCGUAGGUUUACACAUUGCAUGAAUCUGCUCCUAUGAGCUCAAUGAAGCAUGAUUCAGUCACUUGUCAUCGUUGUGGUGUGUUUAUUUUUUUAAACUAGGUUCGAGCACUGUUAUUUUUGUCCACUUUUAAUUAUUUUUAAGACAAAAAAAUCAAGAAAAGACAUUUUUAACAUUCACUUCCAUUGACUGCAACCUGUUAAAACCCCUGUACAAGCACAUUAUUGUUAUUGUUGUCAGAUAAUGCAAACUCUUAUGUUAGAAAGUAUUAAAGUAGUAAAAGAUUACUAUAAUAUAUAUUUGUUCUACUAAGGAAAGAAUUAUAAAUUUUGCUUGGUUAAGUCAAAAAAGCUUUAAAUUUGACUUUUAAUAGUGUGCAGUUACUCUUUAAUAAAAAACUAAUACUUGA